UUUCCUCUUUGGUACAAUGUGACAGUAAAAUUGUUAUUUUUUGGCAAUUUUAUUAUUUAAAUUAAUAUCAAAUAUCCGAAAUGUAUAAAGGAUUAUCGAGAAUUCUGUCCUGUUACUGCUCAGAGAAAAUUCCACAAUAUGUAUCUCCCGUUUUUACCUCAGUUUUAACGAAACGUAAAGGACACUUAGGAUAUUUAGGUUAUGUUUUCAAAAGGACGAAAAAACACGAUAAGGGUGGUCUUUCGACAUUGUUUACCCCGGUACCAGUGAAACCAAAUCCAGAUGACAUAAACGUAGGAGAAGAAUUCACAGGAAGGCUUAAGAAACAAGAUUUGCUGAAAAUUCUCAAUAAAUUCUACCAAAAGCCAGAAAUUAGAUCGCUUGCUUCAGAAAAUGGUUUGGAUGACCAAUUAUUGCAUCAGGCCUUUUUAUCAUUUAGAAGGCAUUGCUUAGAACAUGAUUUGCCUCCAGAUAUACAUAUAAUUAUUAGCGAUAUAUUGCAUGGUGCGGGACAUGUAGAUGACUUAUUUCCAUACUUUCUAAGACAUGCUAGAUUAGCAUUUCCACAUUUGGACUGCUUAGAUGAUUUAAAAAAAAUAUCCGACUUAAGAACACCAGCUAAUUGGUAUCCUCAGGCUCGUCAUUUGAAUAGAAAAAUAGUAUUUCAUGCGGGACCUACAAAUUCUGGCAAAACAUAUCAUGCUUUGGAGAGAUUUCUUACAGCAAAAUCAGGAGUGUAUUGUGGACCAUUGAAACUAUUAGCAACAGAAAUAUAUCACAAAUCCAAUAGUAAAGGUACACCAUGUGAUUUAAUUACCGGGGAGGAAAGGCGGCAUGCAACACAAUAUCAGACACUAACAGAAAAUAUUGAAACUGAUAAUAGUACAGAGACUGAAAAUUAUUUAUUAAGUGAACCAGAACUAACACCAUCUAGUCAUGUUGCCUGUACUGUUGAGAUGACAUCACUAAAUGACACAUAUGAAGUGGCGAUUAUUGAUGAAAUACAGAUGAUAGGAGAUAGGGGUAGAGGUUGGGCUUGGACUAGAGCUGUUUUAGGAUUGCAAGCAGAUGAAAUUCAUUUGUGUGGUGAAGCCGGGGCAAUAAAUCUUAUUGAAGAAAUUUGCUACACUACUGGGGAAGAAAUAGAGGUGCGUACAUACAAAAGGCUAACGGAAUUGAAAGUGGAGGACAGUGCGCUAGGAUCACUAGACAAUGUACGUCCCGGAGACUGUAUAGUAUGCUUCAAUAAGAACGAUAUAUACAGUGUUAGCAGAGCCAUUGAACAGAGGGGUCAUGAAGUAGCAGUAAUAUACGGCAGUUUGCCUCCCGGUACUAAACUAGCGCAGGCUAAUAAGUUCAAUGACCCGGAUAGUUCCUGUAAAGUUAUGGUUGCUACAGAUGCUAUUGGUCUUGGCAUUAAUUUGAGCAUACGUCGGAUAAUCUUCUAUUCUCUAAUAAAACCCGUGGUAAAUGAAGACGGUGACAAAGAAAUGGACAUCAUCAGUAUAUCACAAGCUUUGCAAAUUGCAGGUAGAGCUGGCAGAUACGGCAGCGCGUGGGAGACAGGAUAUGUGACUACAUACAGACCGGAAGAUCUAGCAACACUGAAAACACUGCUGUCCAAACCCCCGGACCCUGUGACACAAGCCGGGUUACAUCCAACUGCGGAACAGAUGGAGUUGUACGCUUAUCAUCUACCUCAUGCAAGUCUUAGUAGUUUAAUGGAUAUCUUCGUGCACUUAUGCACAGUGGACGACUCCCUGUACUUCAUGUGCAACACGGAGGCAUUCAAGUUCCUGGCGGAGAUGAUCCAGCACGUGCCGCUGCCGCUGCGCGCGCGCUACGUCUUCUGCUGCGCGCCCAUCAACAACAAGCUGCCCUUCGUCUGCGCCACAUUCCUCAAGAUGGUCCGUCAAUACAGUCGUAAUGAGCCAAUCACAAAGAACUGGCUGAGCAAUGCAGUGGACUGGCCCGUACCAUCACCAAAAACAAUUAUGGACCUCGUCCAUUUGGAGGCAGUCUUUGAUGUACUGGAACUUUAUUUAUGGCUGAGUUAUCGAUUCCCGGACAUGUUCCCCGAUGUCAAAUUAGUUCGUGAUAUGGAAGCUGAAUUAGAUUCUAUAAUACAACAAGGAAUCUUCCAAAUAACAAGGUUAUUAAGAAAUUCAGAACAAAUAUUAAAAGACGGUCAGUCAAGUGAAGAGUCUUACGGACGAGGCAAAAAAUCAAUGAGAAUGGGACAUUUGCAAACAAAGGGAGAUGAAUCCAAAGGAAAACUGUCUGAAAUGCUAGUGGCUAAGGGUCUGAUCACACCGCAAAUGUUGAAGAAACUUCAACAAGAACUGUCCACAGACAACACGGAGCGCGGCAGAAAGAAAACUAAUACAAGAAAUAGAAGAAAAUAAUAAAAUUGUACCAUAGUUGUUGUUCAUUUGUA